CUUUCCAGAACGCUCGGUGAGACGCGGAGGAGCGGCGGCUACCCGAGCUGCGCCCAGCAACGCGCUCCUUCCCGCUCCCCCACAUCGGCCUCGGCCCUCUCACCGGCUGUAGAAAAUGGUGAAAGAAACCACUUAUUAUGAUGUUUUGGGGGUCAAACCCAAUGCCACCCAAGAAGAACUGAAAAAGGCCUACAGGAAACUGGCUUUGAAGUACCACCCUGAUAAGAAUCCAAAUGAAGGAGAGAAGUUUAAACAGAUUUCUCAAGCUUAUGAAGUACUCUCUGAUGCAAAGAAAAGGGAAUUAUAUGACAAAGGAGGUGAACAGGCAAUUAAAGAAGGUGGAGCUGGUGGUGGUUUUGGCUCCCCUAUGGACAUCUUUGAUAUGUUUUUUGGAGGAGGAGGAAGAAUGCAGAGAGAAAGGAGAGGUAAAAAUGUUGUGCAUCAGCUCUCAGUAACCUUAGAAGAUUUAUAUAACGGUGCAACAAGAAAACUAGCUCUGCAAAAGAAUGUGAUUUGCGAUAAAUGUGAAGGCCGAGGUGGUAAGAAAGGAGCAGUUGAGUGUUGUCCCAAUUGCCGAGGUACUGGAAUGCAAAUAAGAAUUCAUCAGAUAGGACCUGGAAUGGUUCAGCAAAUUCAGUCUGUGUGCAUGGAGUGCCAGGGCCAUGGGGAACGGAUCAGUCCUAAAGAUAGAUGUAAAAGCUGCAAUGGAAGGAAGAUAGUUCGAGAGAAGAAGAUUCUAGAAGUUCAUAUUGACAAAGGCAUGAAAGAUGGCCAGAAGAUAACAUUCCAUGGUGAGGGAGACCAAGAACCAGGACUGGAACCAGGAGAUAUUAUCAUUGUUUUAGAUCAGAAGGAUCAUGCUGUUUUUACUCGGCGAGGAGAAGACCUUUUCAUGUGUAUGGACAUACAGCUGGUUGAAGCACUGUGCGGUUUUCAAAAGCCAAUAUCUACUCUUGACAACCGAACCAUUGUCAUCACCUCUCAUCCAGGUCAAAUUGUCAAGCAUGGAGAUAUCAAGUGUGUGCUAAAUGAAGGCAUGCCAAUUUAUCGUAGGCCAUAUGAAAAGGGUCGCCUCAUCAUCGAAUUUAAGGUAAAUUUUCCUGAGAAUGGCUUUCUGUCUCCUGAUAAACUCUCUUUGCUGGAAAAACUCCUCCCUGAGAGGAAGGAAGUUGAAGAGACUGAUGAAAUGGACCAGGUAGAACUGGUGGACUUUGAUCCAAAUCAGGAAAGACGGCGCCACUACAAUGGGGAAGCAUAUGAGGAUGAUGAACAUCAUCCCAGGGGUGGUGUUCAGUGUCAGACCUCUUAAUGGGGCCAGUGAAUAACACUGCUGGCAUCUUAUGUGCAGUAGUGAAUGAGUGAAGGACUAUAAUCAUAGCUCACUACUUGCUAUUGUUUUUGUUUUAAUAUUCAACUAUAGUAGUGUUUUAAAAGUUAAAUGAAGAAUAAACUCAAAUAUAAAAGCUCUGA